AUGAGUGAUCCCAAGGUGGUUCUAGUCACCGGCAGUGCCAAAGGCGGCAUUGGUUAUGAGUACUGCAAGGCAUUCGCAGAGCAAAACUGCCAUGUCGUGGCGUCCGACAUCCCUCAACGCAUGAACGAUAUGGAAGAACUUAGUUCGGAAAGAAUUGAAACGAUCGAGCUAGAUGUUACAUCAGAUAAAAGUGUAUCAUCAGCAGUGGAAAAAAUCAUAUCCCAGUAUGGUCACAUUGACAUUUUGAUUAAUAAUGCAGGGAUAGGAAGCACAGGUCCACUAGCAGAACUUCCCCUAAACACAAUAAGGCAGGCUUGGGAAAUUAACACAAUGGGGCAGCUGAGAUUAGUGCAACAAGUUGUGCCCCAUAUGGCCUCAAGGCGCAGCGGGAGCAUAGUAAAUAUAGGAAGCGUUGUGGGGCGAGUGGCGACGCCAUGGGCAGGUUCUUAUUGUGCUAGCAAGGCCGCAGUUGAUGCGAUGUCUAAUACUUUGCGCCUGGAGUUGAGGCCUUUUGGUAUUAAUGUAGUGCUUGUGUUGCCUGGUGCUAUAAGAUCAAAUUUAGGUAGUAAUAACGUGGAACGAUUGAGGAAUUAUGACUGGAAACUUUAUAAAGAUUUUACGGAUUCUAUCGCGGAGAGAGCAAAAGCUUCGCAGGGCAGUAAAGCGACGGAUGCUACUGUUUUUGCAAGGCAUGUAGCAAAGAAAGUUCUGAGUCAUAAACCUCCCAAACAGAUUGUAUUUGGUCACAUGACUGGUUUGUUUGCAGUUCUUCAAUGGUCUCCCCUUUGGGUUAGAGACUUGUUCUUUUCCACUCGUUUCAACUUAAACAAGAAACUAUAAUUUCAUGUGUCAUAAAUUUCAUAUGUGGAAGAGUUGUUAUUAGUUGAGGGAGUUAAAUGGAAUGGACUU